AUGAUUCUAUUGAACUGAAAAUGUGACAGUAACAGGCUGGAUCCCAAAUUGAUUUUUCUGUAGACUGUGCUUAAUAUCUUCUCUCGAUUAAGUCUUAGUUUAAAUUCCUAAAUCAGUUAAUCACAACAGCAUAGGUAAAAGGUAAAGUUAAAGGUUUUCCCCUGACAUUAAGUCUAGUCGUGUCCAAUCUGGGAGUUGGUGCUCAUCUCUAAGCUGAAGAGCCUGCGUUGUCCAUAGACACCUUCUGGGUCAUGUGGCCAGCAUGACUGCAUGGAGCACCAUUACUGUACCUUCCUGCAGAAACAGUACCUAUUGAUGUACUCACAUUUGCAUGUUUUCGAACUGUUAGGUUGGCAGAAGCUGGAGCUAAUAGCAGGAGCUCACUCCGCUUCUCAGAUUCGAGCCGCCAACCUUUCGGUCAGCAAGUUCAGCAGCUCGACAGUUUAACCUGCUGCGCCAUCUGGGGUUCCUAACAGCAUAGGUACUUCUGAUGAAAAAGUGAGCUCUAGUAUUCUGCAAUGGCCUCUCUAGCAUGUUCAUUCAGAUAGCAAAUAACACAGGAGACAAAAUGAGAGAGUUUCCACAACUCGAUUUCUAAGAAAUUGUUUCCUAGACACCAUCCUGUUCAGAGGUCCAGCAGAUGCAAUAAGAGCCAACUAUCAUCUGCCAGGGCAUGCCACGUUUCUCAAAUUGAUUGUUAGGUCUUUUAAUAAUGUCCUAUUUUGCAUAUUUUGUCUCUCUUGCUUUUAAUACAUUAAUUUUAAUUGGUUUUAAUUAUAUGGGUAAUUUAAUUUUAAUAAAAGCAACAAAUUCUUGAGUGUUUUUAUUUAUAACUUUGUGUUUUUAACUAAUUGGACUAAUUUGUGUAAGACACUUGAGUCCUAGGAAAAGGCAUGAUGUAAAUGAAUGAAAUAACCACAGUCACCACCACCAAAGUUGUUUCAAUCCAUGAACCUGGUCUGAAGCCAAGUUGGAAAGAAUUAUAUCACAGUCGGCACUCCACAUUUCGUGAAUGCAUCUCAAUUCAUGUUGGCCAAGCUGGGGUUCAGAUUGGCAAUGCAUGUUGGGAACUCUUCUGCCUGGAACAUGGAAUCCAGCCGGAUGGAACAUUCAAGGAAAAUAGCGUAAACAUCACUGAUGAUUCCUUUGCUACAUUCUUCAGAGAAACAGGCACUGGGAAGCAUGUGCCAAGGGCCAUCAUGGUGGAUUUGGAGCAAACUGUAGUUGAUGAAGUGCGAACUGGCACUUACCGACAGCUUUUCCAUCCAGAACAGCUCAUCACCGGCAAGGAAGAUGCUGCCAAUAACUAUGCCCGUGGUCACUACACCAUUGGGAAAGAUAGGAUUGAGAUAGCAUUGGAUCGCAUUCGAAAACUGUCUGACACUUGCUCCGGUCUACAAGGAUUCCUGAUUUUUCACAGCUUUGGUGGAGGCACAGGCUCUGGCUUUACCUCCUUGCUGAUGGAACGCCUGUCUGCGGACUAUGGCAAGAAAUCUAAACUGGAGUUUGCCAUCUACCCAGCUCCACAGGUUUCCACAGCAGUGGUGGAGCCCUACAAUUCCAUCCUCACCACCCACACCACCUUGGAGCACUCGGACUGUGCCUUCAUGGUGGACAAUGAGGCCAUCUAUGACAUCUGCCGUCGCAACCUGGACAUUGAACGCCCCACUUACACCAACCUGAACCACCUCAUCAGCCAAAUUGUCUCCUCCAUCACGGCUUCCUUGCGCUUUGAUGGUGCCCUCAAUGUGGACCUGACUGAGUUCCAGACCAACCUGGUGCCCUACCCUCGCAUCCACUUCCCGUUGGUGACCUAUGCACCCAUCAUCUCCUCCGAAAGGGCCUAUCACGAGCAGCUCUCUGUGGCUGAGAUCACCACUUCCUGCUUUGAGCCGAGCAACCAAAUGGUUAAAUGCGACCCCCGCCAUGGGAAGUACAUGGCUUGCUGCAUGCUCUACCGUGGUGAUGUGGUGCCUAAAGACGUCAAUGUAGCGAUUGCUGCUAUCAAGACUAAGAGAGCUAUCCAAUUUGUAGAUUGGUGCCCUACUGGGUUUAAGGUUGGCAUCAAUUACCAACCUCCUACUGCAACCCCUGGAGGUGAUCUGGCCAAAGUUGAGCGUGCCGUCUGCAUGCUGAGCAAUACCACCGCCAUUGCCGAAGCCUGGGCAAGGCUCAACCACAAAUUUGACCUUAUGUUUGCCAAGAGGGCUUUUGUGCACUGGUAUAUCGGCGAAGGCAUGGAAGAAGGGGAAUUCGUAGAAGCUCGAGAAGAUCUGUCUGCACUGGAGAAGGACUAUGAGGAAGUGGCAACUGACUCCUUUGACUCACUACUUGACAGCGAGGAAGUUUAAGAGUUGGCUCCUAUGUACCAAAUUGUCUCAUCUUUUUUUCUAUGUUCUUUAACAGCAAGUUUUGGUAUUCAGAUCAA